AUGAAGCUCUCCGCAUUCAUUAGUAUCUACAGCGCCUCACUCGUCAUUGCAGGGUUCCUGGAUGUCCGUCAAGAUGGGUGUCGUCAAGAUGAUUGCUAUCGCGCCCUCUGGGGCACUGAUCUAGGCUCGGAACACCCUUUCGUUGCCUAUGCCGAUUGCCAGCAGCACCUUACAACGACUACCUUCUAUCGUCCGAUCACCACCGUCACAACUGUGACCAAGACAACUACGACUACGACUACCCCCUGCCCUACCAUUCCAACGACCACUAUAAUCUUACUUCCACCAGGCCCGACAAUCACUCUGUCAGCAGAGGUCAUGAAGAAAGUCAAAGCGCGUCAAGCACUGCCAACUGAGUGGUUCACAACAACGACCCGCGGUCCCUUCCCUCCGUAUGCUACCGAUAGAUGGAUCCCUUCAGUUGCUUGGUUCUACGACAACUGUCACCACAGCAACUACAAUCACGGAUACUUUGACGACUGGCACACCUUGCGGAACUUCCCCCGGCACCUCGUCACACACAUCCUCCGCUCCGGAGACUACACUCACGACAACCUCUCAAACAAGUAG